AUGAUUGCAAUUGAUUUUGCAUUUCAACAAUGGCAGUGGCAGUAUCAAAUAUCAACCACAUUCUUUAUAUUUGUCAUCCUACCGGCCUUGUAUUACAUCUACUGUAAAUAUGUGACAUCAUCGCCAAAUUCAUACAACAAGAUCGAAUCACCAAUCAAGGUGACAUUGCCAAUCCCAGAUGAGGCUAGACGACAUUGGAAGGGAAAACGAUUGUAUCCUAAACCCAGCCUUGUUGUCAGCAAUGAUCCUUCAAAGAUACAAAGUUAUUGUCCCGCUACUGGCCAGGAUUUAGGCGUUUUCAAAGCCACGUCGAGAUUAGAGAUGGAUGAGAUGAUUGCAAAAGCCAAGAAGGCGCAAAAAGAUUGGAAGAAUAGCUCAUUCACAACCAGGAGAAAGUUUUUGAAAACAUUGGCUAGAUUUAUUUUGGAAAACCAGGAAAAUAUCGCUAGAGUUGCAUGCAGAGAUUCAGGAAAGACAAAAUUGGAUGCUUCUAUGGGGGAGAUUAUGGUGACCUUGGAAAAAAUUAAUUGGAUUGUUGCUCAUGGCGCUAAAGUUCUUAGGCCCAGUCAAAGACCUGGUCCUUCAAAUUCUCUUUUGGGGGUUAUGAAAAAUGGUGAAGUAAGAUAUGAGCCGUUGGGAGUUGUUUCUGCCAUCAUUUCAUGGAACUAUCCAUUUCACAAUCUUAUGGGUCCUGUUAUUGCUGCAAUCUUUACAGGAAAUGCUAUUGUUGUGAAAUGCUCGGAAAAUGUAGUUUGGUCAAGUACAUGGUUUGUUCAAAUGUGUCGCUCCGUUUUAAAGGCUUUAGAGGUGGAUGAAAACUUGAUUCAAUUGUGUUAUUGCUUUCCUCAAGAUGCUGAUUACUUUACAUCUCAUCCAGGUCUUGAUCAUAUCACGUUUAUCGGAUCCAAGCAGAUAGCUCAUCAUGUUGCUUCCAAUGCCGCAAAACAAUUGACACCGUGUGUUGUUGAGCUUGGGGGAAAAGACUCGUUUAUUGUAUUAGAUGAUGUCAAAGACUUAAAUGCGUUGUCGUCAAUCAUUUUGAGAGGAACGUUUCAAAGCGCUGGACAAAAUUGCAUUGGCAUUGAGAGAGUCAUUUGUUUGCCAAAGGCGUAUGAGGAAUUGGUGGAGAUUUUGUCAACUCGUAUAAAGUGCUUUAGAAUAGGCUCAGAUAUUGAUCAAUUGGAUGAGAUUGACAUGGGUGCCAUGAUUUCAGAUAAUCGCUUUCAACAAUUUCAAGAUUUGAUUGAAGAUGCAGUUUCAAAAGGGGCGAAAUUGGUUCAUGGAGGGAAGACAUAUCAACAUCCAAACUAUCCACAAGGCCACUACUUUGAACCUACAAUGUUGAUUGAUGUGGAUUCAACGAUGAGGAUAUUCAAUGAAGAAGUCUUUGGUCCGAUAUUAACCAUGAUUAAAGCAAAAGACGUUGACGAUGCUAUUGAAUUGGCAAACAGUACCGAGUAUGGAUUAGGAAACUCCAUAUUUGGUCGCAAUUUCACCCAAUUGAGCUACUUAGCUGACAGACUAGAGAGUGGUAAUGUGGCCAUCAAUGACUUUGCUACAUAUUACGUAGCUCAAUUACCAUUUGGUGGGGUCAAGAAAUCAGGGUAUGGAAAAUUUGGAGGAGAAGAAGGGUUAACUGGGUUAUGCAAUGCCAAAUCUGUUGUCCUGGAUAGGCCUCUUUUGAGAAUGCUUGGUGUGGCAACGGCAAUUCCACCGCCAAUUGACUAUCCAAUUCCAGACGAUAAAAAAGCAUGGCAUUUUGUAGAGAAUUUGAAUAUUGCCGGCUACGAUGGACGUCUUUGGGCCAAGUUGAAAUCAUUUAAAAAUUUAGCCAAAGGAUAA